UCUCUCAGUCUCUCAGACACUGUGUCUCAGUGAAGGGGAUUCUCCGUAACCAGCUGUAGCUUAACGUGAUUUGUCACCUCAGUCACUCUCUAUUCCCCGUGAGGAAACGUUCCUUUUUCUUCUAAUCAUUACCGCUUCAACAUUUAAUUUCUCCGCUGGCAUGUUGAAGCUGUCAAUCAAACCUGUGGAAGGUACUCUCAAGCUGCACUGAGAGACAGAGAGAGUAGAAGAAGAGUAGAAGAAGUUUUAGUCCAGCUCAAAGGGCACCUUUUUUUCAGUUCUCAGAUUCAUUCACCUUUUGAUUGAGACUAUAUACUAUGCUAAAUGAAACUAUGAAGACAGUGGUGUUACGGCAAAGGAUCUUUCUUAGCCAAACUCAAGAUCCAGGAUUUUUUAUUCAUCUCAUUUGAAAUGCACAGGAUCACCAGAUUCAUUGAAGGAUCUGUUUGGACUUUUUUGGCUCUAGAAAUACCUGCAGUAUAUGUGAAGUUGGGAGACCAGAGUGAGCUAGGUGAUGGUUCAACAGGCUAACGAAGCUAGAUGCUAAUUCUUUCUGUUACGGCAUCCAGUCAGCUGACAAUCCAGCAGAUAACAAUCAAGCGAUGACCACGGUAUCCAUGGAGCCCCUGCUGGUCCUGAUGGAGCUGAUCCCCAAUGCCACCGACCCGCCUUUAGACUCCACCACUUCCUCUCCCGAAGACACCGCCGCCACCUUCACAAUAGGCUGUAUUCUCUCCCUCAUGUGUCUGGUCGGCGUCUCCGGAAACAUCUACACCCUCGUGGUCAUGUGUCAAUCCAUGCGUUUCGCAGCGUCCAUGUAUAUUUACAUCAUCAACUUAGCCCUGGCUGACCUCCUCUAUCUGUUGACCAUUCCGUUCGUGGUCUGCACGUACUUCCUGAAAGGUUGGUAUUUUGGCGAUGCUGGGUGCAGGAUUCUAAUCAGCAUGGAUUUUCUGACGAUGCACGCCAGCAUUUUCACGCUGACCAUCAUGAGCACGGAGAGAUACUUUGCCGUGCUGAAACCGCUGGACACAGUCAAGCGGUCAAAGAGCUACCGCAAAGCCAUUGCUGUGCUUGUAUGGGUGGCUUCCCUGGUCCUGACUUUACCCAUGAUUCUCAGUAUUCAGAUGAUGAAGGUGGGGAGCAAGGCCAUGUGCCAGCCGACUAUCUCACCGCUGUCCUAUAAGGUGUACAUCACCUUCCUGUUCUGUACCAGCAUUGUGGCUCCGGGGAUGAUCAUUGGCUUUCUCUACAUAGGACUGGCUCGUACCUACUGGAUCUCACAGACAGAAACCUUCAAACAGACCAAGAAACUACCCAACCAAAAGGUCCUCUAUCUGAUCUUCACCAUUGUACUGCUGUUCUGGGCCUGUUUCCUGCCCUUCUGGAUCUGGCAGCUCCUGGGUCAGUUCCAGCCCUCCAUCCAUCUCUCCACCAAGUCCAAGCGCAACAUUAACUACUUGACCACCUGUCUCACCUACUCCAACAGCUGCAUCAACCCUUUCCUCUACACGCUGCUCACCAAGAACUAUAAGGAGUACCUGCGGAAGCGCCAGCGUACCUGGACUGCGGGCAGCUACUUCAACCGAUGGAACCGGUUCCAGCGAUCACCAAGGAGGUCGCUUUCCUCCAGCAGUCAGCAGUGCACGGAGAGCUUCGUGCUCACGCACACACCGUCUCUGCGCACCACGCACAACAGCAGCCUGUGAGGUAUAGGAGAAGAGGUUUCUGGUCUUGGUCUUAUCGUGACAUUAUCUCCACGUCUGCUACCCAUUUACGGCGACGUACAGAUGUCGGAUCUUAACUUAAUCACUAUUUUGUCGCAGAGAGUUUUCCUGUUGCAUCAGGAAAUUUAAAUUAGCCUCGUGAUUGGCUGAAAAUGAGCAGUUGUCUUUCUCUCCACUCGGGGCAGUUGAGGCAUUGGGAUCGGGUCUUGCUAUCAAAAUUACGUUAUCUCUCACUCGCUCAAAAUCUAGGCCUAGGUCUCAUUGCUGCAACAUUUAAAUGUAAAAAAGGUAUCUGAAAUGCAGCCAUACACAUCAACAACUGUUGCUUUAUAGAGCUUUAUAACACAAGAUAGACAUUGGUCUCCAUUAGGCUACGACAUACAAGUGUCUAGUGUAUCCAAAAGUUACAAAUAAACUCAGCCAUGGCCUGGUCGAGAGGUUAAGGUUGCUGCCUUCAGUAUAUAGGUUUUCCAUGUCGAUUCCCUUAUGGUAGAAAUAACUCGAUCCCCCAAUUUUUAUUUUACCUUUAUUUAACCAGGCAAGUCAGUUAAGAACAAAUUCUUAUUUUCAAUGACGGCCUAGGAACAGUGGGUUAACUGCCUGUUCAGGGGCAGAACGACAGAUUUGUACCUUGUCAGCUUGGGGGUUUGAACUUGCAACCUUCCGGUCACUAGUCCAACGCUCUAACCACUAGGCUACCCUGACGCCUUGACUUGAUGUAGUUACAUAUUUCAAAUAUGGACAGUCCAGGGUUAUUUUCAACAACAACAAAUAUGGACAGUCCAGGGUUAUUUUCAACAACAACAAAUAUGGACAGUCCAGGGUUAUUUUCAACAACAACAAAUAUGGACAGUCCAGGGUUAUUUUCAACAACAACAAAUAUGGACAGUCCAGGGUUAUUUUCAACAAAAACAAAUAUGGACAGUCCAGGGUUAUUUUCAACAACAACAAAUAUGGACAGUCCAGGGUUAUUUUCAACAACAACAAAUAUGGACAGUCCAGGGUUAUUUUCAACAACAACAAAUAUGGACAGUCCAGGGUUAUUUUCAACAAAAACAAAUAUGGACAGUCCAGGGUUAUUUUCAACAACAACAAAAUUAUCACGUGCGGCAAAUACAAAACAUUUAGACAUUACCGUGAAAUGAUUACAAAUGAGAUCUAAAAAAUAUAUAUAAUAACACAAUAAAAUAACAAUAAUGAGUACCGGUACCGAGUCAAUGUGCAGAGUAUGAGGUAGUUGAGGUAAUAUGUACAUGUAGGUAGAGGGAAAAGUGACUAGGCAAUCAGGAUAGAUAAUAAACAGAAUAGCAGCAGUAUCUGUGAAGAGUGUGAAAGAGUUUCUGCGACUAAAUGUAGGUGGCUUCAAUAUUCAUGUGUGAGCCGGAAGUUUACACCUUAGCCAAAUAAAUACUCAGUUUUUCAAAAUGUUUCAGUUUUUCACAAUUUAAUCCUAGUAAAAAGUCACUCUCUAAGGUCAGUUAGGAUCAACACUGAAAGAAUAAUAAUAACAGAGAGAACAAUUUAUUUCAACUUAUUUCUUUCAUUACAUUCUCAGUGGGUCAGAAGUUUACAUACACUCAAUUAGUAUUUGGUAGCAUUGCCUUUAAAUUGUUUAACUUGGGUCAAAUGUUGUGGGUAGCCUUCCACAAGCUUCCCACAAUAAGUUGGGUGAGUUUUGUCCCAUUCCUCCUGACAGAGCUGGUGUAACUGAGUCAGGUUUGUAGGCCUCCUUGCUUGCACAUGAUUUUUCACUUCUGGCCACACAUUUGCUAUAGGAUAUUGCUCCCAAGGAUGAACCAGACUUGUGGAGGUCUACAAUUUUUUUUCUGAAGUCUUGGCUGAUUUAUUUUGAUUUUCCAAUGAUGUCAAGCAAAGAGGCACUGAGUUUGAAGGUAGGCCUUGGAAUACAUCCAUAGGUUCACGUCCAAUUGACUCAAAUUAUGUCAUUUAGCCUAUCAGAAGCUUCUAGAGCAAUGACAUCAUUUUCUGGAAUUUAAAGGCACAGUCAACUUAGUCUAUGUAAACUUUUUACACACUGGAAUUGUGAUACAGGGAAUUAUAAGUGAAAUAAUCUGUCUGUAAACAAUUGUUGGAAAAAUGACUUGUGUCAUGCACAAAGUAGAUGUCCUAACUGACUUUCCAAAGCUAUAGUUUGUUAACAAGAAAUUUGUGGAGUGGUUGAAAAAAUAUUUUGAAUGACUCCAACCGAAGUCAAUGUAAACUUCCUAAUUCAACUGUAUGUAGAGUGUGAAUGGGUGUGUUGGAGUUUCAGUGUAGUAUUUGUGACUGUGUGGGUAGAGUCCAGUGAGUGUGCAUAGAGCCAGUGCAAGAAUGUCAGUGCAAAAACAACAAAGGAGAUCAAUAGCAGUCUUCUGGCUUGCGGUUAGAAGCUGUUCUGGAGCCUUUUGGUCCCAGACUUGGCAUUCCGGUACCGAUUGCUAUGUGGGAACAGAGUAUGACUUGGUGGUGAUGUACUGGACCGUACGCACUACCCUGUGUAUUGCCUUGCGGUCGUAUGCCAAGCAGUUGCCAUAUCAAACAGUGAUGCAGCCAGGCAAGAUGCUCUCAGUGGUGCAGCUGAAUUCCUUUUUGAGCAUCUGAAGGCCCAUGCCAAAUCUUUUCAGCUUCCUGAGGGGGAAGAGGCAUUGUCAUGACCUCUGCAAGACUGUGUUGGUGUGUUUGGACCAUGAUAGGUCCUUAGUGAUGUGGACACAGAGGAGCUGAAAGCUCUUGACACACUCCAAUACAGCCCCGUCAAUGUGAAUGGGGGCGUGGCUCGGCCCUCCAUUUCCUGUAGUCCACGUUCAGCUCCUUUGUCUUGCUGAUGUUGAAGGAGAGGUUGUUGUACUGGCACCACACUGCCAGGUCUCUGACCUCCUCCCUAUAGGCUGUCUCAUCGUUGUCGUUGACAAGGCCAACCACCGUUGUGCUGUCUGCAAACUUAAUGAUGGUGCUGGGGUCGUGGGUGAACAGGGUGUACAGGAGGGAACUAAGCACACACCCCUGUGGGGCCUCGUGUUGAGGAACAUCCUGGAGGAUGUGUUGUUGCCUACCCUCACCACCUGGGGACGGACCGUCAGGAAGUCCUGGUUCCUGUUGCAGAGGGAGGUGUUCAGUCCCAGGGUCCUUAGUUAGGUGAUGAACUUGGAGGGAACUAUGGUGUUGAACUCUGAGCGGUAGCCAAUGCACAGAAUUAAGCUUUGAUAUUGCAGAUAAAUCUGCAUCAUAUCCAAUCCCCCAUAUCUAUAUAUGUUUUGUAAAUAUAUACAAUAUAUAAAAUAUGUAUUUAUUUUCCCCUAACCUUACCACCCCUCCGCUAGUUGGAGUAAACUAUUGAACAACAACACUUAGUCUUCUACUUCCAGUUUAUACAUACUAUAUACAUUUUACGGACACAGUAUAUUUUACAAUGGUUAUCUUUUGUUUGUUUUUAGUCCCAUCCUUCAGCUACCCUCAACCCCUCCCAUCUAUCUCUGAACAACAUCCAAUCCCAUCCUUCAGCUACCCUCAACCCCUCCCAUCUAUCUCUGAACACCAUCCAGUCCCAUCCUUCAGCUCCACUCUACCCCUCCCAUCUAUCUCUGAACACCAUCCAGUCCCAUCCUUCAGCUCCACUCUACCCCUCCGAUCUAUCUCUGAACACCAUCCAGUUCUGAUUUCAAUUUGGCAUAUAUUUUUCAACCUUGCUAUUUCACAAAGUUUUGAGCCUAAAUACAUUUUACGGACACAGUAUAUUUUAAAUUGGUUAUCUUGUUAUUUUUCGUCUCACCCUUCAGCUCCACUCUACCCCUCCCAUCUAUCUCUGAAAACCAUUCCAUUUUGAUUUCUAUUUGCCAUUAUAUUUUUCAACUGUGCUGUGAUGUUUCGAAAAAGUUAUGAACCUUUCUAUUCUCAUAGUUUUCACAGAUAGUAAAUCAAAGAUAAAUAUUUUGGCUAAGAGUGUUAUUAUAUGAUUGCUCAAUUGACUAUGACUUUUUAAAUCACACAGCAGUGCUAUUUGCAGAGUUAGAUCCAGGUAGAUUUUUCAAUUCUUCAGCCAUUCCUGUGACCAAAAACAAGCUACUUAUGGACAAUACCAAAACAAAUGAUCUAAUGACUCUGUCUCUUUGCAGCAGAAUAUGCAGAGCUGGGAUGGUUGAAUCCCCCAUAUACAUAUAUAUUAAACAUCCUAUUGGUUGCAAGAAUUUUGUAUAAUAAUUUUAAUUAUGUAUCAGUUCAUAAACCAUGUGCUAUGGAAUCGGUACUUCCAAAAUAUUUUGCAAUCUAUAUGACACAGCUGUACAUUGUUUGGUCCUUAAAUGACGCUGGUAUACUUUGUUAUUUAUCACAAUUUUAUUUAACCCAUUUUGGUCUUCAAUGCAGGGCAGACAGACAAGUUCUUUACUUUCUCCCUCUUCCACUUGCCUCUUCCAUUUUUGCGGUAAUGCUGCAAUUAGUUGGUUGUAAUUUUGAGUAGAGCAGACAUUUCAAUAUAUUUUUGUUAGCUGCAUGUGUGACAUAACUCCACCAGUCCUAUUUAUGAUACAAUUUACAAAGAGUUUUCUGAUUUAAAAAAAUUAUAUAUAUUUUAUUUUUAUUGAUUAUUAUAUUUGAGUUCAACCAAAAUAUUUGUUGUAAUAUUUAUUGUAAUAUUUAUUCUCUUUUCUGGUUUCUGAUUAAACUGAAAUUGCAACCAACUUUCAAUGGCUUGUUUUUAAAAAAGCAAUAUUUUGGAGAUGCUUUCAUGUUCAAAUAACCGAAAGUGAGAGGUUGUAAUCUGAAUAAAGGGAAAAAGGUCA